AUGUUCAGAAGGCUGCACUCGAUCUUUAACUCCGGUCCUCAGAGGAAGGUGGACGUGGCCGAGAGCCCCUACUCUGACAGAGCCAGCCCGGCCGUGAGGCUGAUGCGCAGCAGCUCCAUGUACGUGGUCGGGGACCACGGAGAGAAAUUCAGCGAGUCCUUGAAGAAAUACAAAAGCCCCAGCAGCAUGGACACCAGCCUGUCCUACCUGCAGCAGGAGGGGGACCGGGCGUGGAUGUACUCGCGCACCCAGGACUGCCUGCAGUACUUGCAGGAGCUGUUGGCCUUGCGGAAGAAAUACCUCAGCAGCCUCGACGGCCUGAAGCCCCGCCGCGCCCAUGGCCUCUCCUCUACCUCUUCUAAGUCCUCUAAGAGAGCGGAAACGGCCCCUGGCCAGUCCACCUCCAAAGACAGAAAGAAAGCAACCCCAAAGAAAUGCUCCCAGUUCAGCGCAGAUGUGGCCGAGGCCAUGGCCUUCUUUGAUUCCAUCAUUGCGGAGCUGGAUACAGAGAAGCGGCCCCAGGCUGCUGAGGCAGAGCCUCCAAAUGAGGAUGUGGACUUUGAUGUGGCCACCAGCUCCCGGGAGCACAGCUUGCACUCCAACUGGAUCCUGCGGGCGCCACGCCGGCACUCGGAGGACAUCGCCGCACGCGCUGUGCACAGGACACACGGCCAGUCUCGAAGGACCAUGGAGUGCAGGACCAUUGGCACUCAGAGAAGACUCGAGAGGCACCCCAUUUACUUGCCCAAGGCUGUGGAAGGGGCAUUCAGCACCUUGAAAUUUAAGCCCAAAGCCUGCAAAAAAGACCUGGGGAGCCCCAGACAGAUCCUCUUCAACUUCUCAGGAGAAGACACGGAAUGGGACGCAGAGCUCUUUGCGCUGGACCCCUUGGUGUCUCGGGGGGAGGACUUCCGUGAGACCGAGAACCCCAAAGGGCAGUGGCUGCUUCGAGAGAAACUCUGGGAGCGAACAGUGCCCUGA